AUCCAUAAAUGUUCAACCAAACUCAUGUGUAAAAAUAUUUAAGAGUGUGGGCUAUAUAGGGAUAAUUUUGACAGCGAGAGACACACAGAUUGAUUUUUUGGGCAGUAUAGUGUUUUAUAAUGGGGAAAAAAAGGAAGCAUCUGGACGGAGAAGAGGAUGACGCAGAAUAUGAUUUACCCGCUAAACAUAUGAAUACGAGUCACAUACGAUCUAACGAACGAAGACUUAUUGUAAUCCUCGAAGGUGCUCAGUUAGAAACUGUGAAGGUUGGUCCGGUGUUCGAGUUACUUAACUGUGAUGAUCACCUCAAUAUUUUGAAGAAACACAACCGGGACCCAGGUCGAUGUCGUCCAGAUAUUACACACCAAUCUCUAUUAAUGCUGAUGGAUUCACCAUUAAAUCGAGCUGGAUUGCUUCAAGUAUACUUGAAAACAGAGAAGAAUGUGCUGAUUGAAAUUAAUCCACAAACGCGGAUUCCACGCACAUUCAAACGGUUUGCCGGAUUGAUGGUUCAACUAUUGCAUAAAUUUAGUAUAAAGGCAAACAAUUCACCCCAGAAACUGAUGCGGGUGAUCAAGAAUCCUAUUACUAACCAUCUUCCUGUGGGAUGUCGAAAAUUUGCCAUGUCCUUCAGUGCGACCAGUGUACAACAUCCACGCGAAUUGGUUCCUAAACAGGAUGAACCGAUAGCUUUUGCUAUUGGAGCUUUCGCUCACGGUAACUUGAAUUUGGAUUAUACGGAAGGUUGCUACUCCAUUAGCAACUAUCCUUUAUCGGCAGCCCUUACAUGUACAAAGCUUUGCUCGGCUUUUGAAGAAUCGUGGGAAGUCAUGUAAGACAUGGAAAAAUGUAAUAUAAUCAUUUAAAUAAAAAGUUAUAUAUAAU